UUAAAGUAAAUGUCAGUAGUUCGCCCACUUGUUUUCCCCGUCAAAUAACGAUAUACAUAUGUACAUACAUAAAUACUUACAACAGCACACGAGAGCAUACAAACAACGCCCUCGUUCUGUUCCCCUUUGUACUUGUACAAGAUUUUAUAGCUAUAGUGUUUGGAUCCGCCGCCCGUACCGCACCGCAUAUCGUUCACAUGUUGCGCAGUGCGCAAGCCAGUCAUCCAAACAACCAACCAUCGCCCCAUUCCAUUCAUUCAUACAUUCGGUAGCGCAGCACCAACGCCAGUGUUGCUGCUGUACAAUUUAACUCCCACUUCAUCUCACACGCUACAAGUUGUUUCUGCUGCCGAGCAGCAGCUGUAACGAAUUGCCUGUUGAAACUUUUUUUUUGUUCAAUUGUGCUCAUAUUGUUCUCUGUUAGCAAUAACGACGAAAUAGUGCCACAAAAAAAUUUCAAAUGCAUUAAAUUGAAACCAAAACUUAAUUGCACCAAAAGAAAUAUUUUAUUGCGCGCACAAUGUGACGUAGUCAGUAAAUUGAAGUUGUAGCUUCAAAUCAACAGUCGACGGUCAGACUGAUUGCUGACUGACUGCUGAAUGCCGCCCUAGAAAGUAAACAUUAUAAACUAACAACAACUACAAAAUAAUAACAAAAACGGACUAAAGCAAAGCUAUAAGUGGAAAUUAAAACCGACAAUGAUGGCCAUAACAGCAGCGGCAGCAGCGACAGCUUAGUAUUCAACAUAUACACAAACAUACAUACUGGAAGAAGUGCAAAAAUUGCUGAAGAAAGUCUCGAGUCUCCAAUGCAGCCAAAGUCAUCUGCAUAUUAACUGCAACCAACAAACACACAUAUAACGCAUUCGCAUACAUACAAACAUAUGUACAAAUAUACAUAUGUAUUAGUGUGUGUGAAAAGUGCGACGAAAGCGCUGUGCAAAGAAUUUUCAAGCUUAACGCACUUGCAGCACAACUAGCCGUAGGUGUGUGAUAAAGUGAAAUACAUAUCAGACACAGUUUUAAUGCAUUCACGUUAUCAACGUGGCCAACAACAACAGCGACAAGCACAUCAGCAAAACAUAAUCAUAAUAUAUUUAACUGCAUUAGAAAACUCAUAAAUUUAGAAGAAAAAAACAGUAAAUAUUUACAUUAGUGGCACCGUAAGUGCCAAGUUUGCGACAAUAUUAACAGCUAAAGUGAUAUUUGUUGGCAACUAAUGGAUCCAUAUCAUCAUAUUAGACAUCAUUAUCCACCCACGCGUCCUGAAUUGCAACAAAAAUGCAAUCGCGGCUCACAUUCGAGUGACACGAGCUCAGCGUACAGUGGCAGCGAUACAAUGGCGUCUGUGUACGGCUCCUCAAUGGAUGCGGAGGAGAUCGAUCUCUCCGGUUUGGUGGAGUCGGUGGUGGACUCCGAUGAGGAGGACUUGGCGGAGAGUAUGGAUAGUCUAAAUGUACGCGAUGCGGUGCGUGAUUGCCUGGAGAAAGAUCCCUCCGAACGCACAGAGGAAGAUGUCGAAAUACUGCUGGAAUUCACACAAGGUUUGAAGGCCUUCACCAAUAUCACGUUAGCGGUGCGACGCGCACUCUGCGCCGUCAUGGUGUUUGCUGUAGUCGACAAAGCCGGCACCGUGGUGAUGUCCGAUGGUGAAGAGCUCGAUUCGUGGUCGGUGCUUAUAAAUGGCGCCGUAGAGAUUGAGCAUGCGAAUGGCACGCGUGAAGAACUGCAAAUGGGUGAUUCCUUUGGCAUACUACCCACCAUGGAUAAGCUAUAUCAUCGUGGUGUAAUGCGCACCAAAUGUGACGACUGUCAGUUCGUUUGCAUAACACAAACCGAUUACUAUCGCAUACAGCAUCAAGGUGAGGAGAAUACACGACGACACGAAGAUGAGGAUGGACGCAUAGUGAUGGUCACUGAAUUGCGGCAAAUCGGCAGCAAUGAACAUGGUACAACGGGUAGUAAUGCGAGCGCCGCCAGCGCCGCGGGCAUGAAACGUGGUCAUGUGGUGAUACGCGGCACACCCGAACGUUUGUUGCAACAGUUGGUGGAGGAGAAUUCAAUGACUGAUCCGACAUAUGUGGAGGAUUUUUUGCUAACACAACGUAUUUUCAUCAAAAACCCACAAGAGGUAACGCAAAAGCUGCUCGCUUGGUUCGAGUGUGAUGCCGAGCCGCCAAAGGGCAGUACAGCGUCACCACAAGAGAUACGCGACCGUGUGACACGCGUCGUCUUGUUGUGGGUGAACAAUCAUUUUACCGAUUUUGAGGCUGAUCAUGAAAUGAUGGAGUUCCUGGAGGUAUUCGAGGCUGGUUUGGAGCACACGCGACUGCUGAGUCAGCUGCGUUUGUUGCAUAUAGCGUGUGCGGCCAAAGCGCGCAUGCGUAGUUGUACAUUGACACGUUCAUCGCGUGAUGAACCUUUAAACUUCAAUAUUAUUGGCGGUUAUGAGAUGCGCGGCAUUACCGCAGCAACUGGCGGUGGCGGUUGUGGCAUAUACAUAGCACAUGUAGUGCCCGGUUCGAAGGCGCAAGAUGUGGGUCUCAAGCGUGGCGAUCAAAUACACGAGGUGAACGGUCAGUCCUUCGAACAUGUGACGAGUAAACGUGCAAUGGAAAUACUAAUGGGUAGCACACAUCUGAGCAUAACGGUAAAAAGCAAUCUGCUCGGCUUCAAAGAGAUGAUGUUGGCAAUUGAACAAGGUGGUAAUGGUAGCAGUGGCAGCAAUGGUGCCGGCACGCCUAUCGGUAGUGGCAGCGGCAGCAGUGGCGGCUCACUAGGCAGCAAAUCAUUGCGUAGUCCACGUCGUAUAUGUGCCAAUGACAUUGCCAAGUUACAUGGCCGCUGUAUGUUGGACGAUAUGACCACCACAAAUCGUUCGCAUAUGCUGCGACUCAGCUCAGUCGAUAUGUUAUUGCCCACGGACCAAACAGACAGUUGUCCGCCAGCCACACCGCCACCGGUUAUGCCGCAACAGCCGAGCAGCGGCGGUGGUAAUAUGGCCAGUAAUUUUAUGUCGAAUCUUUUGCAAAGUGUUAGUAAUGCAUCAGCGCGCAAGGACUCGCAAGCCAAUUGCAAUGACGGCGGUGGCGGUUCCAAAGGUGGCGGUUUUAUGACGCUUGCGCCGAGACGUCGCAUACAAAAAGCGCUGGCGAAAAUGAAUUUGUUGCAGCACAAAAGCAUCGGUGGCGCCGGUUUGAAUGAUUCUGUCGAUAUACCCACGCCCACGGAGACGAUGUCACAAAAAGCCGGCAAACUGACCACUUCCUCUUCCAGUUCCUCAUCUACCUGCGGCGGUGUUGGCGGCGGUAAUCGCCUAUACCAAUCGCAAUCCAAUCCGGAUUUGAGUUCAUCACUGCUGUAUGAAGACGCCACUUCUUUAACAACCAGCACUGCUACAGCGCCGACGCCAACACCCAACUAUCUGACUGCCUCCAUGCAUCGGCCAUCGGCAGUUUCCACAACAAGCUCCGCUAUGCUGCCCGAUUAUCCCGAGCAUGUGUUGAAAGUCUUCAAAGCCGAUCAGUCCUGCAAGUAUUUGCUCAUCAAUAAGGAGACGACGGCGCACGAAGUUGUUAUGUUGGCGCUGCAAGAGUUCGGCAUACAUGACCCUAGCUCGAAUUAUUCGCUUUGUGAGGUUAGCGUCGGUGAGGGUGGCAUGGUGAAACAACGUCGCUUGCCCGAUCAACUACAGAACUUAGCCGAACGUAUUGGUUUUGCAGCGCGCUACUAUUUGAAAACAAACGGCAGUACCGAGACACUGGUGCCCGACGAAUUGGCGCUCGAGUUGGUGCGUGAGUCGAGUGUGCAUUUUCUGCAGCUGAACGCCUACGAGUUGGCCAUACAAUUGACACUGCAAGACUUCGCCAUCUUUCGGCAAAUCGAAUCGACUGAGUAUAUCGAUGAUCUGUUCAAUCUGAAGACGAAAUACGGUGUGCCAAUGUUAACGAAAUUCGCCGAACUCGUUAAUCGUGAAAUGUUUUGGGUCGUCACCGAGAUCUGCAGUGAACAUAAUAUUGUGCGUCGCAUGAAAAUUGUCAAGCAAUUCAUAAAGAUAGCGCGUCACUGCAAAGAGUGUCGCAACUUCAAUUCCAUGUUCGCCAUCAUAUCCGGACUCGGACAUGCGGCUGUGUCACGCUUGCGUCUUACCUGGGAAAAACUGCCGUCUAAAUAUCAACGGCUCUUCUCCGAUUUGCAGGAUCUCAUGGACCCCUCACGCAACAUGUCAAAAUAUCGCCAACUUGUCUCAUCCGAGCUGCUCGCACAACACCCCAUCAUACCGUUCUAUCCGAUUGUGAAGAAGGAUCUCACCUUCAUUCACCUAGGCAAUGACACGCGUAUCGAAGGUCUCAUUAACUUUGAAAAAUUACGUAUGCUCGCCAAAGAGGUGCGUCUACUAACGCAUAUGUGCUCAUCGCCCUACGAUCUGCUCGCCAUACUCGAACUUAAAGGUCAAUCACCCUCGAAUGCGCUCUUCUCGCUCAAUCAGCUCUCCACUUCACAAAAUGCCGGUGGCACACACAGCACCGUUAUCGCCGCUAAUGCCGGCCAAUCGACUAUUAAGCGUCGCAAAAAGUCUACAGCGGCACCGAAUCCAAAGAAAAUGUUCGAAGAGGCACAAAUGGUGCGUCGCGUCAAGGCAUACCUGAAUAAUUUGAAAAUCAUCAGCGAUGAGGAUGCACUGCACAAAUUCUCGCUUGAAUGCGAACCGGCAUCCAAUUCACAAACACACGGCAGCAGCGGCGGUAGUACGCGUGGUGAAAGCGGUUUGGGUCGCGAUGGCACCGGCAACUCAUCGACACGCAGCGGUGAUCAGCUGAGCAUCUAUUCGCACACGUCAUCCUCAUCGGCACCGAAUUCAUCGUUGUCGCUGCGCAAACGUCAUCCCUCAUCGCCCACACUCUCUACCACCAGCUCCACGUCGUCGACCAGCGAUCAUCAUAAUCGUCGCAAUAUGGCGCACAAUAAUAACUCAAAAUUUGGCAUCGCCUCACCGCAAGCCGUCAAAAAGAUACUGGCGCUAUCCGAUCCGACGAAAGUGCGUCCACAUCAGCCGUUUACAGCGCGUCAUUCCGGCAUGCCACCACCACCGCCACCACUGCUAGUUAAUACGCCGCACCACAUACUUGCGCAUGCGUACAGCAACACCACAGCGGGCAUGCCUUUAACUGCCGCUACUGGCACUUCCACAACGCCAAGUCCGUGUACGCAUCGACGUCUGGCAUCCGGCAGCAAUUCAAUGCCAACAGGUAAUAUGGUACCCGUGCGGGCCAUACAUGAACGUUCAAAUUCGGACACGCCAACGCCACCAUUACCAUCUGUUGAUCUCUCAGUUGAAAGCAGCAGCGUUACCACAUUUCGAGACUUGCCUUUGCGCAAAUCUGUGACUUCCGGCUCGGUGUCAUCCAGCGACAGCGGACACGGCUCAUAUGCGCAACAACAUGACACCAGUAGCUCGGUUUACACCGCCGCCGAUUGCCGACUGCUCCAGCAAAUCUCCAAUACGGCGGCACGCAAUUUGAGCGGAAGCGGCGUCGCUGGCAACAGCAGCAGCAGUAAUAGUAGUAGCGGCAGCAAUGGCAGCGCACCAACUACACCGGUACCACCACCGCCACCAUAUCACAUGUUGCGCAGCGCUGCACACAAUGCCGCCAAUAGCUUGUAUCACGCGAAUGCAACAAGUGCGGCACCGUUGCCGCCACCGCCCUACACGCGCUUGCAUUGUGGUGAGACCAUGGUUGCGCCGCUGAUGCAUCCAGCACACACACGACAUUCCAAUAUGCAUGGUGGCACUCCGAGUUUCGUUGAUGGCAACAACAAAUGCCCAAUGUGUCCGACAAUGUCGCCACCAUCAAAUAUGAAUCAGUAAAGUGUUUGAAAAACAUGUCUUGAGAUUAUGUGUAAUUUUUAGAUUUAGUAUAAAAAAAAAACCAAAAAUGCCAAAACUACUUUUUGGUUGUGUUUGGAAAUGCAAAUAAGUGACAACCAAACUAUUUUAGAACAACAACAAACAAAAACACACUGAAAACCAAAUUGACUGCAAAUUAUUUAUACCCACAAAAUAAGCCAAUCUGUUCUUCCUAUUCGGUAAUGAGAUGCUAAAUGAAACUUUGUCGUCCAUUGAAAGUGAAAAAUGCAAACAAAAAAGCCUACUCCGCAAGAUGCCACCACCGUUUUUGAACGUAAUAUACACAAAUAUUUAUUUUCGUAUAUAUUUAACUGAGACUAAAGCAAAGUAGCCAAAUGAGAGAAAGU